AUGAGCUUACGGGAGCAGCUCCUGGCUGCUGACAAUUCUGCUCCAAACCACAGUCCAUACCCACCUCCACCGACUGCUGGUGCUGCUGGUCCGGAGCAUCCAUACACCACCGGUCCUGGUGCUGAUCCCACGAACUCUCAUGACCACUUGGAUCCAAACGCCGCGCACCAGCAGCAGGUCCCAUAUGCGCAGAUGAGUGGCGACGACGGCGGAGAUGAUGGCCUCAGUCCGCAAGGUAGCAAGAAUAAGAGGGAGUUGUCUACAAGCAAGAGAGCGGCACAGAAUAGGGCAGCGCAGCGAGCAUUCCGCCAACGAAAAGAAGGCUACAUCAAAAAGCUAGAAGAGCAAGUUAAGGAGUUCCAAAACAUGGAAUCAAACUACCGCUCCCUACAAAAUGAAAACUACCAGCUCCGAGAGUACAUCCUAAGCCUCCAAUCCCGCCUCCUCGAAAGCUCCUCCGACAUCCCCCCCGCCCCAGCACAAGUCAGCCUCCAAACAACCGGACCCUCCGCCGCAUCCAAUCGCCCACCACCAGAAACCUCAGAGCACGGCUACUCCGCCGGCGCAAGCCGGGAAUCUGCUCAACCCCCCGCCGGCGCACAGAGACGAGAUGAAACGAUGCAAGAUGCUAUGAGCCUCAGCCAUCUUCAAGCCGCUGCCGCGCAAGCAGAGGCUGCUUCGCGACCGCAGCAUGAGUCGCCUUAUGGGCUUGGGGCGCCGGCGGAUUACGGUGCGCCGCGGCCGACGACGAGGAUGGAGGAGGGUGGGAGCGAUGUGAAGGCUGCUUCUUAG